UCAGGUUUUGAAACUGACUUCCAGAGCUCCACUCCCUCCCAGCACCAUGCCCUACAACUGCUGCCUGCCCAGCCUGAGCUGCCGCACCAGCUGCUCCUCCCGGCCCUGCGUGCCCCCCAGCUGCCACGGCUGCACCCUGCCCGGGGCCUGCAACAUCCCCGCCAACGUGAGCAACUGCAACUGGUUCUGCGAGGGCUCCUUCAAUGGCAGCGAGAAGGAGACCAUGCAGUUCCUGAACGACCGCCUGGCCAGCUACCUGGAGAAGGUGCGUCAGCUGGAGCGGGAGAACGCGGAGCUGGAGCGCCUCAUCCGGGAGCGGUCCCAGCAGCAGGAGCCCUUGCUGUGCCCCAGCUACCAGUCCUACUUCAAGACCAUCGAGGAGCUCCAGCAGAAGAUCCUGUGUAGCAAGUCUGAGAAUGCCAGGCUGGUGGUGCAGAUCGACAAUGCCAAGCUGGCUACAGAUGACUUCAGAACAAAGUACCAGACUGAGCUGUCCCUGCGGCAGCUGGUGGAGUCAGACAUCAACAGCCUGCGCAGGAUUCUGGAUGAGCUGACCCUGUGCAGGUCUGACCUGGAGGCCCAGGUGGAGUCCCUGAAGGAGGAGCUGCUUUCCCUCAAGCAGAACCAUGAGCAGGAGGUCAACACCCUGCGCUGCCAGCUUGGAGACCGCUUCAAUGUGGAGGUGGACGCUGCCCCCGCUGUGGACCUGAACCAGGUCCUGAACCAGACCAGGAGUCAGUAUGAGGCCCUGGUGGACACCAACCGCAGGGAAGUGGAGCAAUGGUUUGCCACACAGACCGAGGAGCUGAACAAGCAGGUGGUGUCCAGCUCAGAGCAGCUGCAGUCCUACCAGGCGGAGAUCAUCGAGCUGAGACGCACGGUCAACGCCCUGGAGAUCGAGCUGCAGGCCCAGCACAACCUGCGAAACUCUCUGGAAAACACGCUGACAGAGAGCGAGGCCCGCUACAGCUCCCAGCUGUCCCAGGUGCAGAGUCUGAUCAGCAAUGUGGAGUCCCAGCUGGCGGAGAUCCGCUGUGACCUGGAGCGGCAGAACCAGGAGUACCAGGUGCUGCUGGACGUGCGUGCCCGGCUGGAGUGUGAGAUCAACACAUACCGGAGCCUGCUGGAGAGCGAGGACUGCAAGCUGCCCUCCAACCCCUGCGCCACCACUAAUGCAUGUGAAAAGCCUAUUGGAUCCUGCGUCACCAAUUCUUGUUGUCCUCGGUCCCGCUGCGGGCCCUGCAACACCUUUGGGUGCUAGAUACCCUGGGACCAGCAGGAGUACAGCAUGAAGACACAACUACCAUUGGCCGGUCAGUUCUGCCUCUCUGAUGACCAUCAGCCACUGGACCUCACCCUGAGGCAUCAUCAUCAAUCAGGGUCUGGAGGGAGAACAAAUGCCCUGCAUUUGGGCCUGACUCUGAGUGGAGGCCCAGCUGAUCCUCCUUACCCCAGGCCUCUCUCCUGUAGUCAGUUUGUGUUCUGAUGGUCUGAGAGUUUGGAGCUGUCACAGUCCCAUACGAGGUGUUUUGUUCUUUCUGCUGUUCUACCUUUAUUGCAGUUCCCCAAAUCACCUAAUAAACUUUCCUCUUGCAAAGCA